ACACGGAAGAAACAGUCCGUAGCCUGAGAGAACCAAGCGCUCGGUCAGAAUCCUGAGGCUCUGGAGUCUGGGUCCAGCCAGAGGGGUCAUGCUGGUCGUCCUUGCUGUGACAAUCUGGAUGGCUUCUUCUGUUUCCAGUUCUUCGUAUACCGCAAGUACUUUGCCAGAUAUAACAGCUGAGGAAUUCAUCAAGGAAUGUGUUCACAUUCACAACUUACUUCGGUCCAAAGUGAACCCGAGGGCCAGGAACAUGCUGUACAUGUCUUGGGACCCAAAACUAGCCCAGAUUGCAAAAGCAUGGACGCAGUCUUGUCGGUUUCAACACAACCCAGAGCUGAUGUCGCGGCUACACCCAAACUUCACCGUACUGGGAGAAAAUAUCUGGACCGGAUCUUUAUCCCUCUUUUCAGCAUCUUCAGCCAUCAAAUCCUGGUACGAUGAAAUCAAAUACUAUGACUUCAGCACUAUGAGAUGCACCAAUGUCUGUGGCCAUUACACUCAGGUUGUUUGGGCAGAUAGUUACAAGAUUGGCUGUGCAGUGCAGUUUUGCCCUAGAGUGUCUGGCUUUAAUUAUCCUGAUGCAGCCCAUUUUGUAUGCAACUAUGGACCAGGAGGAAAUUACCCAACGCAGCCAUACAAACAAGGUGCCACUUGCAGUGACUGCCCAACAGAUGACAAGUGUCUGAACAAUCUCUGCAUUAACCAACAACGAGACCAGGUCUCACGUUACUACUCUGUAGACGAUCCAGAUCGGGUCAUAACUCCGCGAAACAGAUACACAUCUCUCUUUCUCAUUGCCAAGUCAGUUCUACUACUACUGUCUGUCCUCAUUACCAUUUGGGUAAAGCACAAAUACCCCAAUUUAGUUCUUUUGGACUAAUGCCAUGGUUGGGGAUGGGAGAGAG